CAGACACGGGCACAGGACUGUCAUUCAUUCAGGGAAAGCAAAGCAUCUAAAGAACACUUUAAACUAACUUACCAUCUCAGUGUUUAUUUUAUAACGAUGGACUGCGAGGGAGUUAGCCUGUUUGUGUCUUUUGAAAACUCUGCAUUUCACUCGGACAGCGUGUUGGAGUUUGAUGAAAUGGAUUGCUCUCUGAAUGGAAGAUGUGACCUGCAUAAAGCAGUGAAAGUGGAGACGAGGACUCAUCAUCACAGCAUGAAGCCGGUGGUGAAAAUCGUUAUUGUUAUGCAUAAGAUGAUGAAGUCCUACAAACAACCAUCUGAGAGUGGUCGUCAUGAACUGCACACUUUCAUCAUGGAGAAUGUGCUUGAAGAGCGGGUCGUUAGUUCGGCUAAAGCAGGACCACGUUACACCAAGUCGAAGGUUUUACAAUGUUCUGUGUGUGAUCAAUAUCAGAAAACUCUGAUUCGGAGCAGCGGAGAUCUUCGUCUGAAGGCAGCAACUCUGAAAGGAGGGAAUAUCCAUCAGAAAGUUCAGUUUAAUCUAUGCACAUACGUAUCGCCGAGUUCCAGCGUGGCUGAUUCCCAACCCGUGUGUUUGGGAAUUUCUAACAGCAGUCUCUAUCUUGCUUGUAGCAGAUCGGACUCAUCGAAUCUUCCAAAACUGGAGUUAAGGGAGAUCACUGACACCCUGAACACCAUUGAAGCCAAUGAUCCAAUGGGCUACGAUCACCUGCUCUUCUACAGGAAACAGAGCGGCGUGGCUUACAACACUUUUGAGUCUGUUAAAUUUCCUGGCUGGUUUAUUAGCACAACGUUCGAAGAUUUUGAGGAAGUGGAAGUGUGUCAGCAAUCUGUUAACCACAUCAGCUCGUUCAUGCUGAACGUUUAAGACCUGAUCCGGAGCUGUUAAACAGAUCUCAUUCAAGAAACCUCGAGUAUGUACCAAGUACAGUGAGUUAUCUGAAUAUGUUGAUUAUUACUAACCUGCGAGGGUUUGUCAUGUAUGGACAUCUGUGUCACUCCAUUUUUUUAUUUCUUAUAUUGUAGUAAUGGUAAAUUCACAUUGAAUUCUUUGACGUGUAUAAAUCUGUCUGUAAUUUAUUUUGUAUUUAUUUUAUUUAAUUAUUUUGCACUUGGUUUUGUAUUUUGUUUUUGUACUUUUAAAAUAAAACUUAAACAUGGGCAUGA